CUUCCCCGCAGAGGCUCGGCCCCUUUUCUGGGCCGGCCUGCUGGGCAGCUCCGUUUCCCCGCUUCCGAGCUUCUGGGCCAGCAGCCGGUAGCGCCAGAGCCAUUUUGCCCUCCCGCUCGCCGGCGACAUGGACUACCGGGAGGCCGCCAGCUGGGCUGCGGAGCGCCUGCAGAGCUAUCGCAAAGACUGCAGCGGGUGGCGCAGCUGCAAGCGCACGAAUGAACUUUCAAUAUCUUGGAGACCAUCAACGGAGUUUCGUGGAAACAUAUACAAAGCGGAAGGGAUUAUGCCUGCAAAACCGGAGGAUGUCUUUAAAUGUUUGAAACCAGAGGCGGGUGGACUUCGAGAAAAGUGGGAUCCAAAUGUGAAGGAGAUUGAAGUCGUUGAAGAGAUUAGCGAAGAUGUUUCCAUAGUCAGAACUAUCACACCGUCGGCUUUUAUGAAGAUCAUCUCUCCGAGGGAGUUCAUAGACGUCGUCCUGAUUAAGCGGGAUGAGGACGGAACCAUCACAUCUAAUGCGACCAAUGUGGAGCACCCCCUCUGCCAACCUCGACCAAGUUACGUGAGAGGCCUUAAUUAUCCCUGUGGCUGUUUCUGCAUCCCGGCCCCAGGGGAGCCAUGUAAGACGCAACUCCUCAGUUUCUUUCAGACAGACCUAGGCGGCAACCUUCCUCAAACAGUUGUGGAGUCCUUCUUCCCAAGCAGCAUGACCGGUUUUUACAGCAAUCUGACCAAAGCAGUGUUAAAACUAGCGGCUUAAGCAAUUAAAAACAAACAAACUCCAAUUGAACUUGUGAGCGCACAGAAUUCUGCGAUUGCCCUCAUGCUCAUCAUUCUGCCCGGACACUGAGGUCCAGUACCGAGGGCCUUCUGACGGUUCCCUCAUUGCGAGAAGCCAAGUUGCAGGGAACCAGGCAGAGGGCCUUCUCGGUGGUGGUGCCUGUCCUGUGGAACGCCCUCCCAUCAGAUGUCAAAGAGAAAAAUAGCUACCAGAUUUUUAGAAGACAUCUGAAGGCAGCCCUGUUUAGGGAGGCUGUUAAUGUUUAAUUGUUUUAUUUCAUUUUUCUGUUGUAAGCCACCCAGAGUGGCUGGGGAAACCCAGCCAGAUGGGCGGGGUAUAAAUAAUAAAAUAUUAUUAUUAUUAUAUGCGAGUGCAUAAGUUACUGGACAAUGUGGAGGUGUGGGAUUCAAAACUGUGGCAGCUUUGGGGUGUGAUCGAAACAAAGCAAUUGCAAAUCCCAUUGGUUUUUAGUUGGGGAAGAUUUUUAACAGAUGCCUUGACAUCAAGCAGGGCUUGCAUUACAGUGCUUUGGUAUAAUCCUGCGCUGGUGGGUAUUGAGAAUCUCAACAGCAUUUGGGGUGGGGUGGGGUGCAACAUUGCCUACCCCUAUCCUAGUUCUUUUGCCUUUCUAUAAUAAUUAAGAACUGCGGUUUUCCAGUACAACAAGGAACCCCCUUUUGAUUUCAGUUUUUUUUAAUCCUGGGCUGUCAUGAGUCCUAUCAUCCCACUUUACAACACCUCUGGAAUCCCUGAACAUUUUUUGGUGUUCUGAAGCUACUACCACCUCUGCCGUGAUGGCUUUGCUUGUCCAGACGCCUAUAUAGACUCAGUGUCGUUCAUUCUAAUGAUGCGCUUCCAAUCCAAGCACCGAGGAGUCAGGUGCUGCUUGCAUGACAAGCAAAACAUGCUAGCGGAGGAAAAAACAUGGGUGGGAGUGGCUCUUAAAAGGAAACUAUCUGCACACUUCUGCCCUAGGGUGGGAAGCACAUAAUUGCGAUCGCCUCCCUGUAAAGUCAGCUGCAAUCCAGGUCGAUAAGAUCUGGGUAGCCCAGCAGCCUGAAGCAGAAUCCGAUGUGUGCUGCAAUGCAUGCAUGGAACUAUGGGAAAUAUCCCUGCCCUCGUUUGCUUGACUAAUGAAGGCAGUUCCGCCCCAUUGAGCUGAAUGGAGAAGACCUUCUAGUACCCCUGUGCCGCCUUCCCUUUCUCCUUAUGUUUUGUGUUGUUGGGGUUUUUUUAGAUUGUAAGCCUGCAGGCAGAAACUGCCUUGUUUCUCACGGCUAUGUGUAAACAACUCCGGAUACCUUUGUACAAAUGCCCUAUAAGUCAAUAAAAACACACACACUUGGAUCUGG